AUGGCUCUGUCCUCUAAUUCUUGCGAUCCGACCGACGAGUCGGCGCCUCUGGUCCCCAAUACUACUACUAAUACUAACAAUAAUAACUCCGCUAAGCCCAUAUCAAAAUACCCUCCUGCAACAGGCCGCAACGUACUAGCUUUUGUACUGGCAUUCACCUGUAAUCUCUGUGCUGCUUCCAUCUCACUAUUUGCUAUCUUUGCGCCAUCGAUCCAGCACGAUACGGGCCUACGUAUAAUGGAUAUUAACUGCGUCGCCAUCGCAGCAGAAAUCGGCAUGUACAUUCCUGUUCCUCUUAUCGGAUACAUGGCUGACCAAGUAGGCCCAGGAUCUGUUGGUAUUCUUGCUACCUUUCUUUUCACUCCUGCAUAUUACAUCUCAGGUCUCGUUGUCCAGGCUUACUUGGAUAAAAACCAUGGCCUUGAGAUCUCUACAUUUGCCAAAUUUCUCAUCCACCACGACAUUUCUGUCCUCUCGAUUGCAUUUUUCUCCAUUGGCUUGGCCACUUCAGCUCUUCACUUUUGUGGUGUGGUUGGUGCCGCAAAAGUUCUCCCCCAAUACCCAGGACUUUCAAUCUCAAUCCCCAUUGCAUGUUUCGGGAUCUCAUCUCUUUGGCAAUCCCAAGUUGUUUCCAAGUGGUUCACAGUCCCAGGAGAAGAUGGUGGCCACGUCAAAAUUGUCCAAGUGUUUAACUUUUUCGCCAUUCUCUAUAUCCUGACUGGAUUUGUUUCUUACUUUUCAACCCAUGUCUGCCUCCCUCCAAAACCAAUAAUUCACCAAGAUAAACUUGGCCAACCAAUUGUUGUCUCGAACAAUUCCCAAACAUUACUGGGAUCUGAUGAUGCAUGUGAUACAGCUUCUUCUACCUACCAAUCUACAGAUACUACACUCACAGCUGAAGAGCCUGACCGUAAUAACACAUACAAACGUGACCCUAAUACCAUCACUCUGCCCGAGUUUUUCGCAGACAAGACUGUGUGGAUCUUUUUCACCGGGUUUGUCAUUGCCACAGGUCCAUUGGAAAUGUUUGUCAACAAUAUGGGCAUGAUUAUUAAUACCAUCCCCAUUGCACUCAGAAAAGCCGGACCAGUGGCUACCCAUGUCUCUCUCUUUUCUCUUUUCUCCACACUUGCACGGUUAUCCAUGGGCCUUAUGUCGGACGUUCUCCAUGGUAAAGUGCCCCUUCCCUACAUUUACUCAGCUGCCUUGCUGUGCACUGCCGCGCUCCAGUUUGCAACAUCUGCCGGCUUUUUCACAGUCUACGACGGAGGAAGCUUGUUUUCUGUUCUUUCAUCUGCAAGUGGCUUUGCAUAUGGCUCUUGCUUCUCUCUUACCCCUACAGUAGUCUCUACAGUCUGGGGGCUUGAAAGCUUCGGCACCCAUUACGGUGUCUUCAUCUUGGGACCCGCCCUCGGAGCCACCUUUUGUGGAUACCUGUUUGCUGCUGUGUAUCAAAACGCAGCGGCACGGGCGUCCCCUGGAGACAUUAACAACAUGAUGUCUGCAGCAGAGUUUGUGGGACAAAAACUUGCCCGCGCAACAGCUAGCAUUAUGAGCAGUGACAAUAACUUGAGUCCGGAGUUUAAUAACGCCCAGUGCUACGGACUCAAGUGUUACCAAGACACGUUUCUGACGACUGGUGUUAUGUUUGUGACAGCGGCCGUGCUUGUCUUUUCAGUGUAUAAGUUUUACUGGAAACCUACUAACCGCAUGGCCUAA